CCGCCAUCCUCAGGCUCACAAUUUCAGAACCAACACAAAACAACAACAAUUUAAUACCAUGGAUAUCCCAUCCUUCAUCGAAAUCCCUGCCAUUGCCGUCUGCCAUGACCGGAGCGACCGCAGUAACUCGACGUCUCCCUGUCGUUGGCUUUGUCCAUCCCCUAGCCACCGCGAUGGCACUCCUGUCCGGCCAGCCUCCAUGUCUGACCUCCGACGCCCUCGACGCAGUCGUCAGCAUGAUUGUCGUAGAAACAACUACAGCACCCCCAAAAUGCCCUCUAAUGACGAUCUCGACAUCAGUAACGCCUCACGACGCUCUCCCGCCCGCGGUUCUGCAACCCACGAGGCCCCUCGAUACCCAUUACGCCAGGUGACCUCUGAAAGAGUGGGUCCUCGUUAUCCUUGCCGUCGGCACAGUUUGGCCAAGACGUUGAAGAAUGGAAACGCAGCAGCUGCCUAAACAACUGGCUUCGCUGACAACUAUGCGCAAACAAUGUACAACCACAAAGCAAUUUGUUAAUAGAUCACACAAGAGAAACGUUCAUAGUACAAAUAACUAAACUGCAUAACAAUGUAUACAAUCU